AUGGCAGGUCUCCUCUGGUACCGAGGUGAAGAGUGGCGAGAAGUCUGGGACUACUGGUUCAAGUGGACCGACGAACACCUCACAUCCGACGACCUUCGCCCGAUGAUAUAUACCUACGAUGAGCUCGGCGCCAAAGCACUGGACAGACUGGAUGAGAUAUCACCUCCGGUGAAACCUCCAACCACUCCCAGUGAGAAGGUUGACACUCCUCGGGACGCGAAACCACAUCGAGACUUGUAUGCUCUCUUGAGAGACAACGCAGACGCAGACGAGGUCUUGGGGAAGUUAUGGACUGAAAUCAAUACCGUUCCGCCAUGGGUCGACUGGGCCCAGAUCGAACGCGGACAGCAAGUCUUCCUUCGAUACGCCGGCCCAGCCAUAUUUGCUCUCACAUUCCAAUCCCUCGUAGGCGGAAUGGGCGGCCGCCGCGUUGUAGAAACCCUCUCCCGAACAGGCGGCUUCGGCGUCAACGUCACCCGCCGCCGCCUCCUCGAGACCUUCCAGCACAUCCUCCAAGUCACCCGCGACCUCCCCUCCAUCCAACCGGGAGGCGAAGGCCACGCUUCCUCCGUCAAAGUCCGCCUCCUCCACGCCGCCGUACGCCGCCGCAUCCUCCUCCUCGCAAGCCAGAAGCCCUCCUACUACGACGUAGCAGCAUACGGCGUCCCUGUAAACGACCUAGACUCCAUCGGCACAAUCUCAACCUUCUCCUCCACCCUCCUCUGGAUCGGCCUCCCGCGGCAAGGGAUCUAUCUCAAGGAUAGCGAAAAGAGGGAUUACCUCGCCUUAUGGCGCUACGUAGCCUACAUCAUGGGCACACCCAGCUCGUCCUUCUCCACCCUCACAAAGGCCAAGGCGACAAUGGAAUCCCUCCUCGCCUCCGAAAUACAGCCCUCCGAUACAUCGCGCGCCCUCGCCAACAACGUCCUCACAGGCCUCGCGGACCAGCCGCCCUCGCACGUGUCAAGGGAAUUCCUCGCCGCGGAGACGUACUGGCUCAACGGCGCCAAGCUCGCGCGCGCGUUGGCGGUCGAGAGGCCACCAUUUUAUUACUCGUUGCUUAUACUGGGACAGUGUCUCUUCUUCAUGUUUAUGUGUUAUUCUCGGCGUUUAUUUCCCGGCUGGGAAGAAUCUAGGAAUAAGAACCUCCAAAAAGCCCUCUUCAACCUGACGGUCCACAAACCCGAGCUCGGCGCCCUAGGCAAAGAAACAACCUUUGAAUUCAAGUACAUUCCAACCCUGGACGUCAUGUCCACCGAGGCAGUGGCCCGGACCCAGCAGCAACAACACCCGGGCUCACUGGCCCACGAACACGGCUCCACCCCCGCAGAUGCAAAGACGGGAGGCGCGGGGCCACGAGCACGAGCAGGAGCAAGCGCCCGCCGCGUGCGCAGCAACGAACGCCGGAGCCUCAUGACUCUAAGCGUGGCCGUCACCGUGGGCGGUCUGCUCGCCUGGCUUGGGAUACGCGGGGCGUCGGCGCUGGUUGGGAGGGUUCUUUGA